AUGGAGUCGCGGUCCGUCUCCACUACGGAGGCGGUGAACAUGACGAUGUCGUCGGAGGCCACUACGCUCUCCGACGCCGAAAAGCUGGAGGAGAUCCUGAAGACGAUGUGGCCCACACCCUUCCUCUGGUUUCUCAUCGCGUGCCAUCUGGUCGUGUUCGUGGUGGGGCUGGUGGGCAACGCACUCGUCUGCAUCGCCGUGCUGCGCAACCACACCAUGCGCACCGUUACCAACAUCUUCAUCGUGAACCUGGCGGUGGCUGACUUCUUGGUGCUGCUGUUCUGCCUGCCGCCCACCGUCACCGUUGACGUCACGCAGACCUGGUUCUUCGGCAACGUCGCCUGCAAGGUCAUCACCUCGCUGCAGUGGAUGUCGGUAGCGGUGUCCGUGCUGACGCUCACCUUCAUCUCGCUGGACCGGUGGUACGCCCUGUGCCACCCGCUGCGGUUCCUGGCCACGGCCAGAUGGGCCAAGAAGGCAAUCGUCAUGAUCUGGAUCGUCUCCAUUGCGAUCAGCGUGCCGUACAUGGUGUGGACGGAGGUGCACCCGUUCCCGUGGAGUCCGGAGGGCACCAUCUACUUCUCGUACUGCGCGCCCACCUUCGGACGCUGGGAGCUGUUCUCCUCGGUCGCCUCGUUCGUCGGCCUGUACCUGCUGCCGCUCUGCUUCAUGGUCUUCACCUACAGCCAGAUCGUGCGCGUGCUGUGGUGCCAGGCCAUCCCGGGCCACGUCCAGUUCAGUGACGGCUCCGUGGCCGACGGCAGGCACAACGGGCAAGGCGGCCCCAUGCCGCAGUCUUCUGACCCCAUCUCUGCCCGCAUCCAGUCCAGGCGCAAGGCCGCCAAAAUGAUGGUCAUCGUCGUCAUAAUCUUUGCCAUCUGCUUGCUCUUCGUGCAUGCCCUCAUCGUCAUCAGAACUGCCAUGGGCGACGGCUGGAGAGAAAUCCCCGGCGAGGUGGCGCAGGCGUCCGUGUUCAUCUCCCACUGGCUGUUCUACUUCAACAGCGCCAUCAACCCCGUUAUCUACAACUUCAUGAGCAGCAAGUUUCGGCGCGAGUUCCGGAAGGCGAUGUGCCGCUCCUGGCAGACACCGCUCGGCCUGCGGACAGAUGACAGCCGAACACAGCACGCUAACAGCUCGCCAUUGGAAAGCCGCAGCAACCCGGUGACGCUGACGACGACGAGCAGCAAGGGACUACGACGCCUGCUGACCGGCCGGCGCCCAAGCAGCGGCUCCCGUGCCGAGACCAGGCUCUAGUAGCGGUCUCGGCAGAAGGUCAGGUCCGCUGA